CCCUUUCCACAAUGCUGCUUUCCAGCAUCUCCUUCCCCAGUCUAUACAGACAGCAGGGGUUGCCCCAUCCCAGGUGCAGAAGCCAGCACCUAUCUUGGUUGAAUUUCAUACAGCUGAUAAUUUCCCAUCUCUCUAAUUUGUCAAGGUAUCUUUCCAGGAUCUCUCUCCUUUAAGGGAGUCACCAGCUCCUCCCAGUUUUGUAUAAUUUGUGAAUUUACUUAGCAUUCUUUCCAGUCCUAAGUACAAGUGAUUUAUGUUGAGGAACACAGGGCCAAGGAUGGAGCCCUGUGGAGCCCACUGGUGACAAGUCACCAUUCACUCUAACCCUUUGUGCCCCACCUAUGAGUCGGGUGCUCAGCCAUCACAGGAUGUGUUUAUCCAGCUGUGAACUGGGAAUUUUGUCCAGAAAGAUCCUGUGAGAGACAGUAUCAAAAGCUUUGCUGAAGUGCAAAAAGAUAAAAAUAACAUGCCCUGGCUUCCCUUGAUCAGCUAUGUGGGCUACCUUGUCAUGAAAGGUAGUUAGGUUUGACAAGCAGGACUUUCCCCAGAUGAAGCCAUGCUGGCUUUGAUCAAUGAUUACAUUGUCCUCCAGGUGUUUUUCAGUACCUCCCAGAAGAAUCUUUUCUCUGAUUUUAUCAAGCACUGGAAGUGUGUUUGACAGACCUGUAAUUUCCAGGCUCCUCUUUCUCACCCUUCUUGAAAAUCAGGACCUCUCUGGAUUCCCAAGACUGCUCAAAAAUCAUCCAGAAAGGCUUUGCAGUGACACCAGCCAGCUUUCUGGGCAUUCUCUGAUGAAUCCCUCAACAGAUUUGUAGGGAUCCAGAUGGAGCAGCAGAUCCCACACGUGUUCAGAGUCAAAGGAGAGUUGAUCAUUCUCGCAGUCGUGAGAGAGAUUUGGGAGUGCCACAAGGUAAAGAAAGGCUUUAAAAACAUAACUUCAUAGAUCCUUGGAUUUUUAUGAUGCAGCUGAGUGUUUUCUGAACCUUCCUGAUUUAAAGUUGUAAGGCUUACUGCCAAUAUGCAAUGACUGAAGGGAAUGUAAGAGGAAUGGUACCACAGCUGCCACUUUUGUCUCCUGGACUAUCCAAAUGUCAGGAGGAGCCUCCAUGAAAAAUGCAAGUGAUAACAGAACUGACAAGGAUGGCCUGAUGACACAUUUUGGUUCUAUGAACCUGAAGUGAAAUGAAGCCAUCCAACAUUUUGGCAUGCAAGGCAUAACUCCAAAAGGCUGCAUCAGAUGACUGUGGUAUGUAACCAGCAUUCCUCAGGAUGAAAAGGCAGCAUCUGAGAGUCUUUGUGGCCCUCAAGCCAAGACAAGGAAAAAGUAGGAGCUGGGCAAAACACAUUCCUCAGGAACCCAUACUGUUGUGCACAUCUCUGUAUUUUUUCCAUGGCAGACACUGUUGGCUUGCAAAUCUCACCAGAUGCCUGUGGCAUUUUAGGAGCAUCCAAUCAAGCCAUCCUGUAUGAGGCAGUCACUACACUUGGUAUUCUAGUUGCCAUCGAGAUUGUUACUUCGUGUGAUCUCAUGUAAUCACCUGCACUCCCUCUAGACAGAGAUUUACUAACAAGGAGAAACUUCCACCUAUUUUUCCUGCUCAGUGAUGGCACUGAGCUUCGUGGCUAUGGGAAAUGUAAGACUGGCAAUGUUUAUGACAUCAGGAGACAAAAUCUCUUUGAAAGCAUGUAAAUAUUGGUAAAUUGAACCAUUUCAAAAGGAAUGGGAAACUUGUAGCCAGCCAGAGCCAUGGAGGCCUACAAAAAAACUGCUUUUUGGGAUACUGCACUUCUCUGGUCAGCAUCGCACAGUGCCUCGUUCAGCCCAAUGCAAUAUCCAGUCCAACCAAGCCAUACUAGGACUCCUCAAAGGCUCAUUUCCCAACUUAAUCUCUUUCUCUAAUCAUCAUACCAGAUUUUAAAUACUAAAAGCUAUGGUCUCUGAACUAACUUUUCCAUCUCAGAUGGCCUGCCCUGACCAGACCUGCCAACAGUGCCCAAUGGCAAAGGUCUGGAGCUUGACCUUCCCUGGCUCUCUAGAGGACACAACCCAACUAGGGCUCUCAGGCAGGGAAAACAAUCACCUGGCUUCCCCCUUUUGCCUUCCCUUGUGCCAUGGCCCAGACGAUGGCAGGACCCAGCCAGCAUCACAGGGAUGUGCCCUGCCCUCGAAGGUGGUGCCCUUUGUGACAGCAGUCUGGUGUACAGUGGCUGUUUGUGAUGCAGUGCUCUAGAAGAGCACCUCCCUCAGGAAGCAGCAGCUGCCCAGGGCAAUGCUGACAGGUCUGCAGCAGAGGAUGCUAAAGACAACCAUGGAGAAGGAGGAGCAGCUGGGAGCAUGGCCAGCACAGGCAUGUGGCUUCGUUGUAUCAGCUUCCCUGAGCGAUGCAGGUGCAAGGACAGGCCACCAGCAACAAGCAGCACAGCAGGAGCCACUAGGGCUAUCAGUGUGCAUUGAGUGCUACCAAAGUGCUACAUGGCUGUGGGGGCACAAGAAGCAGGGGCCUUUUGUGAGGGAGAUCAUCGUGUCCUUUAAGAGGAGCCCUCCCGAGGACCUGGACGGAAGCUGCCCAGCCAGAAGCACAUGCAGACCGGCCCACCUCUGGAAAGCCACCCAGCCACAGCAGCAGGAUGGCCUGGAGGACAGGGAGGUACAACAGCCAGAAAGCCAAGGACAGGGUUUCUCUCUGAGGUGCUCUGGGGGACUCAACGACACAUCUAUGCAGGUAAUGCAGGAGCAGCUAGGAGCCCAAGCUCCAAUCAUCAAGCCAGUGGCCUUGAUCAGGGAACAGAAGCAUGAAAAUGCCACUGAUGCAGAGCUGUCUGAGGAAGAGGAAUGGGCAGAUGCCAUAGACACAGAGCUCUCAGAGGAAGAAGAAUGGGAAGAUGCCAUUGACACUGAGGUGUCAGACAAGGAGGAAUGGCAAGAUACAAUAGGCACAGAACUGUCUCAAGGAAUAGAUGCUGUUGAGUCACCUCCUGUCCACCACCAGGUCAGCUCCUUGGGCUUGGAGGACAACACUGAACCAAGGGAGGGUCCCAGCUUCCCCAGCAGUGUGGGCAGAGAGGCUGCAGGAGAGGCAGCUGACAAACUGCUGAGAGCAUCUCCUGCCCCAGCAAGUGCCCAGCUGGCUGAUUCUGCCCUGCUUGUAGCUCCCAAAGAAGAGGAGCAUCAUACGCCUCUCAAACAUGGGGAGGCAGAGCUACCAGCUUCUUCUGCCCCUGUGGAGGCUGCAAGAGCAGCAGGGGCAGAGAACCAGGCACCUGCUCCACAUGGCCCCACAGCCGAUGGCCCAGCUCAGGUGGACACAGCCCAGUCCAUGGAGGCUGAGGGCCUGGAUAAGGCUGUGCUUAUAGUCCAAGGACUUGAUGAGCCAUCAAGAGAAAUGUGGGGCCAGGAACAAAGCAAGGACAAGGUGACAGGAGACAAAGUUUCAUCAGAGGGGCCAGAGAAUCUGGAAGCUGGCCCGCAGAGCCCCACAACUGAUGCUCCACUACUGCUGAACUCAGCUGAUUACAUCAGAACUGAGAUCAUUAAGAGGGCCUGGCUUAUGAUCCAGGAACCUGUACAGGAGCUAGAAAAAGAGUGGGAGCAGGAAAGAAGCAUGGAUGAGGCAACAGCAGCAACAGCCAGAGCAGAGGGGCCAGAGAGCCCACCACAUGCCCCACAUAGCCCCACAGUCGACACCCCGCUUCUGCUGGACAUGGCUGACUACAUCAGGACAGACGUUGUUAAGAGGGCCUGGCUUAUGAUCCAGGAACCUGUCCAGCAGCCAGAAGAAAAGUGGGAGCAGGAAGGAAGCGGGGACAAGGUGACAACAGCAACAGCCAGAGCAGAUGGGCCAGAGAGCCCACUACAUACCCCAUACAGCCCCCCAGUCAGUAACCCACCUCUGCUGGACAUGGCCAAGUACGUCAGAGCUGAGAUUGUAAAGAAGGCCCAUCAUUUGGUCCAGAGACCUUUCCAAGAAGUGAAGGAGCAGCAGGACCGGAAACAAAGCUCAGAUGAAGCAAUUGCAGGACCUGCAGGAUGUGCCUACAGCCUUCUUGCCUCUACUGUCAUCAACACCCCAGCCCAUGAGGGAUGGCUGAGCCAUGCCCUCAGACUGCGGCACAGGAGAGAGGCAGAAGCGGGAACGAACAGCCGAUACCACAGACCUGCAGGACACAGCCCAGGAGAUCAGAACUGAGAUACUGCGCAAGGCUAUGCUCGUGGUCCAAGGAUUCCAGACUAUGGAACAGCAAGAUCGGUGGAACAGCAAGACCAAAGGAGCAGGCAGAAGAACAGAGAGAGCUGGAAAAGGGCCCAGGUUAGAUGAUGAGAGUUACAGACACAUUUAGGAUUUGAUGUAGACAAAUUUUGAUGCUAAUAAAAGUUGUUACUUUACCAACAGUG